UAAUCUACCCAUUGACACCAGCGCUAGGCUAGGGAAGGAGGAGCCGCUGUCAUGGGUCACAUGGUAGCAUAGCAGUUUGAGUCGAGAGCUCUAAUCGAAACAGUCAUCCAAUGAAUCUCUCUGGCAGAGGAUAGCUUUCUGCUCCUUGCUAUCGUUUCCUUCAAGAAAAUACAUAUUUUGUAUGCUAUAGAUAUACAUGGGCUUAGGCCUAUCUUUAGCCUACAGAAAAAACAACUUCAGACGGACAGCUUUUUGGAGCGCACUACGGAAAGAAAAAGAUACGGAAUUCCGAACGUUCGAUUCAUUCUGAAGCGAAAAAAUUGGCUACAAUCUUUGGUUUGAUUCUGGGCGUUUAAAAAAAAACGAAUACAUUUGAAUUUAUGUGAUUAGUUUUGACAUAUGGUUGUAGUCAAAUAUCACGGUGCGAAAUCAGUCUUAUUGGCAACAGCUGUUGCGCUAUAGAUGUAAUCUGCGGAACUAGUAGGCCUAAAUGCGUUUGCCGACUAUUUUCUGAACGCUUCAAUUAAUUGAUCAUAGUAUCAACCAGCGACCGAAAAAGUUGCUGAAAACAAGCUAACACGUCAUCAGACUUCAGGUUGCUAGAAGGGGAUUUCAUUCAGAGGACAUGGAAUCUACAAAAGCAGGGGGUGUAAUAGCCUACAUCAGCUCCUCUAGCCCUGAGUCAUGUCAUAGUGACUCAAAUGACUGCAGCUAUAACUCCUCCCACAGCUGUCGCCAGGACAACGUGGUGAACAAGCCCCUAAACAUGGCAGGCCUCACCCUCCCGCUGGCCCACACUAUCGCAAAGACCGGACGCUCGGCCUCCACUGCAAAAUGCGACAUUACUAAAAUCAACGGCCUGAUGCUGCUGUGUAAGGUGUGUGGAGACAUUGCAUCUGGAUUCCACUAUGGGGUUCAUGCCUGUGAGGGCUGCAAGGGUUUCUUCCAGCAGAACAUCCAGCAGAACAUCCAGUAUAAGAAGUGCCUGAAGAACGAGAGCUGUGCCAUCAUGAGGAUCAACAGGAACCGCUGCCAGCAGUGUCGCUUCAAGAAGUGUCUGCUUGUCGGCAUGUCCAAGGACUCUGUGCGUUUCGGCCGCAUCCCAAAGCGUGAGAAGCAGCGCAUGCUGUUAGAGAUGCAGAGUGCCGUGAACAACAUGACGAACAACAGUCAGCUACACAGCCAGGUCCACUGCAACACACCCUUCCCCCUGGCCAAUCCGCUUCAGUCGCCAGCCUGCCCCGUGGAGCCCCGCCCCCAAUAUGUUGAUUCUGGCCUAGGCUCCGUCCCCUCCACCUCUCCCGCCGCUUCCCCCAGGUCCAACCAAUCUGAGGAGACCAGCUCUAACCGCGAGCCUGCGGUCACCAAGAAUAAAAGCCCCAGCCCUAACUCUGUGUCUCCAUCGAGUGCUUCAGACUGCGGGUCAGAGGAGGUGAUUGGCUCGGUGACCCGGGCCCACCAGGAGACCUUAAUUUACAACCAGGAGCAAGGUAGCCCCUCCCCCCAGUCCCAGGCCUACGCCCAGCUGACCUCCCCGGGGGCGGAGCAACAUGUCAGUGACACUGGAAAGAGGCUAGACGAGAGGAACCGGAACCAACAGGAGGACAGGAACCAGCAGAUUAAGAACCAGAACCACCAAAAUAACCUGGCCUCAUUCACAGCCGCUCAGGCCCAUUACCAGGCUCAGGAGAGGCCCACCAACACUGGGCCUCAGGGUACUGACAGCCACCAUCGCCAGGAGGACCACACCACCAGCCUUAGCGAGAACUACUGCCCCUACAGCAGGGACAGACUGCCCACCUGCUCCCCUAGUGGCCACUGCCCAUCCUACGCCCAACAUGGUCUGAGAGGAGGCAACAACAGCACUAGCCAGGCCACCUCCAAUUCCCAUGGAGGAUUCAGUGGACUACUGUGGAACAGGGGCAACAGGAUGCAUCUGCUGUGUCCCAUGAACACGUCUCCCCAUGUGAACCCCCAUAAUUCAGGCCAUGGGAUCUGGGAGGAGUUCAGCCACAGUUUCACCCCAGCUGUCAGGGAGGUGGUGGAAUUUGCCAAGCGGAUCCCAGGCUUCAGAGACUUCUCCCAACAUGACCAGGUCAGCCUGCUCAAGGCUGGUACCUUUGAGGUGCUAGUGGUUCGCUUUGCGUCCCUGUUUGACGUGAAAGACCGCAUAGUGACGUUUCUGGGUGGUAACAAGUACAGCGUGGAGACGUUACAAGCCAUGGGCGCCGGCGACUUCUUGACCUCCAUGAUGGACUUCAGCGACAAGCUGAUGGGGCUCAGCCUCAGCGAGGAGGAAAUGAGCCUGUUCACCGCUGUCGUCCUCAUCUCUGCCGAUCGCUCAGGGAUUGAGAACAUAAACUCUGUGGAGGCUCUUCAGGGGACUCUGAUCCGGCACCUGAGGGGCCUCAUCACUAAGAACCACCCUAACGAGUCGGCCAUAUUCACCAAGCUGCUCCUCAGACUGCCCGACCUCCGCUCCCUCAAUAACAUGCACUCUGAGCAGCUGCUGGCCUUCAAGGUCCAUCCCUAGACCAGAACUAAGGUCAGAACCUGGGGUGUAUUCAUUAGGCACCAAAUGGAAGAACAUUUACUGAAAUGGGGAGGUACUACCUGAACUUGUCCAAUAAGAAAUGCUUGUCGUUGUCGUCGUCCCACCCCCCAUUGCAAAACCUUUUGCUAAGGUGUACCCUAAUGAAUAUGACCAUGGACACUGGGCCUGAGGACCACAAAGCCCAUUUAUCCACCCACCCUGACACACCUCGACCAGCUAUCCCAAUGAACUAUGAACCCUGACCUCCCAAGAGAACCCUCUUAUUCUGCCACUCACUUCACAUGAUCUUUUUCCCUCACAAACAAGUUGAACUAGUGGGCAAAUGUGUCAUGGUUACAGGGGAGGGAGGCUUAAGUCUUAAGUUAUUGUACUGUGAGGCUAAAAGGCCUUUAUUGUUGAAGUAAUAACCAUGAACGUUCAGACGCAAGCAGAAGAUGAAUGUGUAAUGUUUCUUUGUCUUGUUUCUGUGUGUGCAGGACACAUUUGCGACUGUACAACUCUUCUUAGAGAAUAACCUUUUAUUAACAUUGUAAUGUGCAUUUUUGCAUAAUUUGUGCAAUAUGAUAUGUGACUGACUAUUUAGACUUUUUGUUUAGCUUUUCUACAGCAGGCUCCCUAAUCCUGUUCCUGACGAGCUAACCUCCUGUAGGUUUUUAUUGACGCUGGGUCAAUUGUGCACCGCCCUAUGGGACUCCCAAUCUCGGCUGGUUGUGAUAUAGCCUGGAUUCGAUCCAGGGUGUCUGUAGUGACACCUCUAGCACUGAGAUGCAGUGCCUUAGACCGCUGCGCCACUCCAACCCUAUUCCCGGAGAGAUACCCUCCUUUAGGUUUUAACUCCAACCCUGUUCCCGGAGAGAUACCCUCCUUUAGGUUUUAACUCCAACCCUGUUCCCGGAGAGAUACCCUCCUGUAGGUUUUAACUCCAACCCUGUUCCCGGAGAGAUACCCUCCUGUAGGUUUUAACUCCAACCCUGUUCCCGGAGAGAUACUCUCCUGUAGGUUUUCGCUCCAACCCUGUUCCCGGAGAGAUACCCUCCUGUAGGUUUUCGCUCCAACCCUUAUCUAGCACACUUGAUUCUAACAAUUAGCUGGUUGAUAAACUGAAUCAGGUUAGGUCCAACUGGGGUUGGUGUUAGAACCUACAGGAAGCUAGUUCUCCAAGAACAGGAUUAGAGAGCCCCGUUCUACACCUUGGGUGUAUGUAUGUGGUUUAUUUAGGCAGACGAAUCCAAAAGGAUGUUGUGCUUACUGCCUAAAGAGAGGGUGAUUCUAAAGGGGGUUAGGGCUAGUUAAACUCAACCCUUCUAGUUCAAAGUAAACUGACAAUGACAAUGAAUGACCACAGAGAAGUGUUAAGUCUCCUUUCUAAACUGUGUUGAGACAAGGGGAAUGUGGUAAAAGCAUAGGUAGACCUAUGUAAUCAGGGUAAACACUGCUACUUCACAUCUGUCUUGGUGUGGCCUUAGCUAGUCACCUGAGGAAGAGCCUUGAAUGUCUUUAUUUGUUGUUGAGAGGAAUCUCUUAUUUCAAGCUUAGUUUGAGUUGAUGGUGCAGCAGUUGUAUGUGUGUAUAUCACAGACAGUUGGUGGCACCUUAAUUGGGGAGGAUGGCCAUGUGUUUGAUGCCAUUCCAUUCGCUCCCGUUCCGGACAUUAUUGUGAACUGUCCUCCCCUCAGCAACAUCCUUUGGUGUAUAUGUUUUACACGCUAUCAUUUUCCAGAGGGGGUUAUGUUGUAAAUCAUGAAAUGUUCUUGUAGGUAAUGAUGUUGGGCUAUGAACUAACUGAAGUCCAUCAUUGACAGACGUGUUCCCGUCACUUAAUCAUAGUGUAUUGUGAUAGACCUCCCAUUUGAAGAAUAGGGGAGCAAACAGACAGGAAGUCAAAUACAUGGAGGUUAUUCGAACUGCCAAAGGUUAACGUUGCUAACCAGUAUAACCUAUCAACACAUCUCCACUUGGAGACAUUUGAGUUAUUUCCAUGUCAAAAGGAGACAUUUUUUAUUUUACACUUGUUAUACCCAUAGCAUAUUUUACACUUGUUAUACCCAUUUCAUAUUUUACACUUGUUAUACCCAUUUCAUAUUUUUCAUUUUGGUGCAAAUUGUUAAAUCAAAACAUGCAGUUUGAUUUUACAGGUGAAAACUGUACUUUGAUUGCUAAUUAUGCAUUUAAUUUGUUUACUGUAAAAAUGUUGUUUUGUGCGCACAUACUUGAUAUCGUGUCUUCGAAGCCCAUUCAGGCUGGGCACCAACUGGUGUACGACUGAUUUGUUUUUCUUUCUAUCAUUACACAUAAACACAUGGAGGCUAUGCAGACUUGUGUCAUGUUGCUGUAGGGUCGGUGGUUGUGAGAAGGGAGAGAAACAUUGUAGGAAUGUUUUUGUCAUUCAGUUGGACUCUUAUACAUACCACUGUCUGAAAUGUUUCAACAGAGGACCACAACUUGAAUAGAUUGAUGCUUUUGUCCUCUACAAUACUUUUUCAAAUCUGUACACACAGACUACAGAUAUAGCCAUGACGUAAUGUACAUAGGUGGAUUCUACUCAAAUACAGUAUGAUUGUAAAUAACAGCAAGAGUCUGCACGGCCUGUAAUCAAUUGACUUGCAGGAAUUCCCGUUAUUAGGUUGAUUGAUUUCAGACCGCUAAUUUCUCUUCUACCAACUCGCCUGCUCUUCAUCUUCAGUGCUUCUGUUCUGUCAAUCAUGUGUGCAUCAUUUCAUCGCUGACCUGCCCUGUGGUCUGUCAGUCUGUUUUCUCCUCUCUGAAAGCAUUGCUAUAUGUAUGUAUGUAUGUGUUGUCAUUCCUUUGCAGUGGAUUUUUCUCCACAGUCCAAGAAUGAUCAGGAAACUUUAAGAAGCAAUAACAGACAACAUUUACUCAGGUUGAAUCUCAAUGCUAUUUAGAAAUCAACUUGACAAGCGUGAGUCCUUCACAGAUCCAGUUCUGUUGACUUUCACUUGAGCUUGAUUCUUAGAAGUUCUAUUCAGGACACACACUCAACCAUUAUUUAAUUGAAAAAUAGUUUUGGGUUUGUUCAACUUUCAGCAGGGAGAGAAAGACAUUACUGGAAACAUUAGAUACUGUCGGAAGUUUAUGUACACUUAUGUUGGAGUCAUUAAAACUAGUUUUUCAACCAC